CAAAUAGAGUAGCCACCACAAAGCAAUCAUCUUAAACUUAAACCUCAAAAAAAAUACAAAAGACAAAAAAAACAAGGAUUAAUUCGAGAACGUCACUUGUGGCUUACAUCUUCUUCAUCUCCAUAACUUAAUCUUCUUCUUCUUUCUGUUUUCUCUCUCUCUCCUCUCUCUCUGCUUCCGGCGCCGUAAGCAAUGUCUUUGGACACGGUGGACAAGCUGGUGGUGUUCUUGGCCAAGAGAGACGGAAUAGACAAGCUUGUGAAAACAUUCCAAUACGUGGCCAAGCUCGCGUGCUGGCACGUUGAAGCCACACGACCUGACGCGGCCGAGAGGUUCAAGAAAUGGGAGGUCGCGUCCGGUCUCAGCCGCAAAGCCUUCAGGACAGGGAGAUCUCUCACGGGGUUCAAUGCACUGAGACGAAACCCCGGUGCAACCCGGACGAUCCGUUUCUUGGCAGUCUUAGCCAAUUCAGGAGAAAUGGUUUACUUCUUCUUCGAUCACUUUCUUUGGCUAUCAAGAAUCGGUGCAUUAGACCCCAAGAUCGCCAAGAAAAUGAGUUUCAUCUCUGCUUUUGGCGAAUCUUUCGGUUACGUUUUCUUUAUCGUCAUUGAUUGCAUCUUCAUAAGGCAGAGACUUAAAUCAUUGAAAACACUCCGGUCCAAUGAUGAACCGAAAGAAGAAACCGGUGAGAAAAUUAGGGAGAUUCGAGGAGAUAUAGUGAUGAGAUUGAUGGGAAUUUCGGCUAACGUUGCGGAUUUGAUAAUCGCAUUGGCUGAAAUUCAACCAAACCCGUUUUGUAACCACACGGUUACACUCGGUAUAAGCGGUUUAGUCUCGGCUUGGGCCGGUUGGUAUAGGAAUUGGCCAUCGUGAGAUGCAAUGAGAUCUACAGAAUGUAUUUUCCUUUUAUGUUGUUUCGAAUGAACAUAACAAUUAGCAAACGUAUAAUAAGCUCACUUCAAUAUACGUAUAUGAACACUUUCUAUUUUAUA